AAAUCCGUCGUACUGAAGUAAAAAAAACAACCCAACUAAAAUAACGAAUUAAUAUAACUGCUGUUGAAAUUAUUUACAUUUUAUUUAUCGCAGUCACGAAAAUUUGACGAUUUUGAUGCUCUGUUUUGUGUUUUACGUGCCUCCCUGAACGCAACUACCGUAACCAAGGCAAUGACGCUCCUGCUCGUUACCAAGACAUUCUCUGGCAAACACGAGCUACACUGCUAGGCUAGCGGCGCCAACAGAUUAUCUUCUAACCGUUCUCGUAUAACCUUUCUUUAUUUUGACUUUAAUUACUUGCUCAAACGACAUUACCGCGACGACCAACAAACACUACAGCUAACUGGAGUGUUAUAUUGUAUUUUUUUUUUAUUACAGUCCGAACACCAAUUGGUCUUUUCCUGUCAGCUCGAGUCACGACCUAGCUUAAUUAGUGACGCUAACGUUACCGCCUCAGCCGCCAUGGCUGAAUUCGGGUGUCACGAGCAUCAUCAGAACGAGGUGAUCAACUACAUGCGAUUUGCACGCUCAAAGCGGCUGUUGAGGCUCAAGACUGUGGACUCCUGCUUCGAGGAACUCAAAGACAGCAGGCUGGUGGAGGAAACCUUCACGGUGGACGAGGUGAGGGACAUGCUGGACGGGCUGCACGCGGUGGUACGCGGCGAGGUGGAGAUGGAGCUCAUCAACACCGCGCACACCAACGUCCUGCUACUCAGGCAGCUCUUCUACCAGGCGGAAAAGUUUUACCUGCGACUGCAGACGGACAUUUCGGAGCUGGAGAACAGGGAGCUGUUAGAGCAGGUGGCGGAAUUUGAGAAGACUGACUUUAAAGCCACAGAUUCGUUGAACCAGGAGAGCAUCAAAACCAAGUUGGCGCCGUUGAAUGAAGGCGGCGUGUCUGAGCUUCUAAACAAGGAAAUCGCAAGACUUCAGGAGGAAAACGAUAAACUGAAAGCCAAACUUCGCACUUUAGAGUCCCAGGCAAUGAGUGUGCUGGAUGAUAAGACAAAGGCGGAGAGAGCGCUUAAAGACCUCCAGAAAGUUCAAGGCAACCAGCAGCUGACGGCUCAAUCCAAGGAAAUCAGCUGUUUGGAAAACACCGUGGCGGCCCUCAAGGAGGACUACGAGCGCUCGCUGACUGUCAGCGCCGCGUCUCAGAAAGAUCUGCAGGAGAACCUGGUCUCCGCCAAACACGAGCUCCUGCGAGUGCAGGAGCAGCUGGCCUUGGCGGAGAAGGAGCUGGACAAGAAGUUCCAGCAAACGGCGGCGUAUCGCAACAUGAAGGAGAUCCUAACAAAGAAGAAUGAGCAAAUUAAGGAAAUCAGAAAACGAUUACAGAGAUAUGAACCCAACGAAUGACUUCUUCAUCAACGGAUGUUCAGGUAGAGAGACAGAACCAGAAUGUACCACUGGGGGUGGAAAAGACAAACUUUCCACCCCCACUGAUGCUGACGGAAGCACAAUAAAAGCAGCACUUUGGUGAGCAGUCGUUUAUCCAUGUUAUCCAUGUUAUCCAUGUUAAUGUCAUUCCCAUUGUUUACAGUGGGAAAAGGUCUGUUUUGGCUAGUGCAGUGCUUCUUAUAUACUUGGAAGCCAUUAACUAUCCUAUCAGUAGGUAUGAAUGUCAAUGUUCUUUACAAAUAAAAGCGGAAACUCCAGUAGGUCAACUGUCUGACUCAACAGGGGGCGCCAUACUGUAACGGGAUAUCUGGCAGACCAUAAUUUCCAACAGGACUGCAAUCCAUUUGUGGUGGUGGUGUCCGCUAAUAAUCACAUUUUGCCUCUUUGCUCUAUUUUUUCUGCUUUUGUGACUGCUUGUAUUUCAUUCCUGUGGACAGUAAUUUCUCUUUGUCGUGUGUAAUUGGUUCCAGACUCAUCUGUGGUAAGUCAAUUUCCACAAAUUAGGAUUUCAUAUUAUUAUAAAUGCAAUAUGUUCAUAACUAGAUCAUAGAAAACUGCUUUACAACCGUCUAAAUACAGAUUUUUACAUUAUUAGAGACCUCGAGACGUGAAAUAACACCCCUAUGGUCACCUUUAGACUCAUAUUACCCAAUAUAGUAGACACACAGUUCUUGUGGGACUUCUUGGGGGUGUCUAAUGUAACAAUACUACAUACCAUAAAUGUUUUUUAGUUUGUUUUAUGAAUGACAUAUUUGUAUUUUAGUUCAUUUGGCCAUUUUUGUGUAUGCUAAUAAUGUAUUUAUGCGGAAAAAUAUCUUCAUAAAUGGAAUAUUUUCAUAACUAGAUCAUAGAAAACCUCUUUACAACCUUCUAAAUACAGAUUUUCACAUUAUUAGAGCCCUCUAGACAUGACAUAACACCCCUAUGGUCACCUUUAGACUCAUAUUACCCAAAAUAGUAGACACAGAGUUCUUGUGGGACUUCUUGGGGGUGUCUAAUGUAACAAUACUACAUACCAUAUAUGUUUUUUUAGUUCAUUUUAUGAAUUACAUAUUUGUAUUUUAGUUCAUUUGGCCAUUUUUGUGCAUGCAAAUUAUGUAUUUAUUAAUCCAAUUUGCAUUUUUGGGGGGAUUAGCACCAAAUAUCUUUUCAUAAAUGGAAUAUUUUCAUAACUAGAGCAUCGAAAAUCUCUUUACUACCUUCUAAAUACAGAUUUUCAUAUUAUUAGAGCCCUGUAGACAUGAAAUAACACCCCUAUGGUCAACUUUAGACUGAUCUACAAGUGGCUUUACAAUGUUAAACCACACCAACCAUGAUAGUAAACACUGAAUACCUCACUGCUUGUGUCCCCUGAGGGGGUUGUGUGUGUGGUCACCUGUCAAUCAAGCUCUUAACCUGGUGGUUUUGCCCGCACGCACUUGAGUUUAGUCAUCGUGAUACGUUGCUGGAAAAACAAGCAGAUGUGAGCAGACAGCACGAAAGAAAGGAACCCCUCCUCACGUAGAUGGUGACAGUCACACAGCUGCUUCCCCGUGGGCCUCAUUGUGGUGCAAAGUGAGACAA